UAGGGUAUGUAGCUGCUGCAUUUCUGCUUCUCUUCUCACACCCGCUCAACACAUCAGAAGAGACUCUGUUGCCGUGACGGCUACGCAGAUCACAUGACGCCAUAACCAAUUCACUCGACUAUCGUUGUUGAAUACGUACCUCUUUUUGCAUGAUUGCAUGAGCAUCGCAUCUUUACAUAUCGUUACUUGCCAAGAUGACACAUUCGUUACAGCCUCACCAGCCGACCGAUGCUGAGAUUAUCGACCUUGCUGCUCAAGAGGGCCACGACGCCGACAUACCCACCAACCUAGGCUCGAUUCAUCACGUACCAAGCAUUCCCUCUACACGAGCACACUCUCCCAUAUACGAGAAAGAUGUCAAGACUGAGACGUUUGACAAGGACAUCGAGAAAGGAACGAGCCCUGCGUCGACCUCGAUAGCCGGAGAACCCGAUGAAGCAGAGCAAGACCCCAACAUCGUCGACUUCGACGGCCCGGACGACCCCACGCACCCCAUGAACUGGGGGACUACAAAAAAAUGGGGCAUGGUCUCGCUGAUCUCCGCCAUCACGUUCCUGACGCCGCUCGCGAGUUCCAUGUUCGCGCCCGGCGUGCCGGAAGUCAUGCGCGACUUUGGCUCGACGAACGAUAUGCUGCAGGGGUUUAUGGUGUCUGUUUAUGUGCUGGGUUUCAGCUUUGGGCCGUUGAUCAUCGCGCCUUUGUCGGAGAUGUAUGGGCGGUUGCCUCUGUAUCACUCAUGCAAUCUGCUGUUCAUCAUCUUUACCAUCGCGGCAGCUGUCUCUACAAAUAUGGAGAUGUUCAUAGUGUUCAGGUUUCUAAUGGGAUCUGUUGGAGGAGCACCAAUGGUCAUAGGCGGAGGAACGAUUGCCGACAUCAUACCUCGCGAGCAGAGGGGUACCGCAAUGUCUGUGUGGAUGAUGGGACCGACCAUUGGACCAUGUGUUGGACCGAUAAUCGGAGGAUUUCUCACAGUCGCAAAAGGCUGGAGAUGGAACUUCUGGUUCGUGGCUAUCGUAGCGAGUGCGUUCUUCAUCAUGUCCCUCAUAUUAAUGAGCGAGACAUCCGCGCCCGUGAUCCUAGAACACAAAGCGAAAAAGCUGCGAGCUGAAACGGGAAACGACAAGUUACGCUCAAAGCUCGACAGCGGCCUCGCCCCCAAGGAGCUUUUCAAAUUCUCCAUCAUCCGGCCCGCCAAAAUGCUUACCCGCUCCACCAUCUGCUUCGCCAUCUCGCUCUACGUCGCCAUCACAUACACUUACCUCUACAUCCUCUUCACCACCUUCACUGCCGUGUUCACUACCCAAUACCACUGGCACGGCGGCAUCACUGGCCUCUCCUUCCUGGGGCUGGGUGUCGGUUCGCUCCUCGGCCAGUCCGUCUACAUCCACUUCGGCAACCGCAGCGUGACGAAACACAUAGAGCGCGGCGACUUCCAGCCCGAGCAGCGCCUGCAUAUCAUGUGCAUUGGUGGCUUCUUCUUGCCCAUCGGCCUGCUGAUCUACGGCUGGUCCGCGUACUUCCAGACGCACUACAUGGUGCCGCUUGUGGGCACGGGCAUCAUCGGGUUCGGCCUGCUGCUGACAUUCAUGCCGGCGAAUACGUAUCUGAUCGACGUGUUUACGACGCACGCCGCGAGUGCGAUGGCGGCGAACACGGUGCUUCGUAGUUUGAUGGCGGCGUUGGUGCCGCUGAGUAGUCAGAAGAUGUAUGCGGCGAUGGGGCUGGGGUGGGGGAACAGUUUGCUGGCUUUUGUGUCGUUGGCGCUGGUGCCGAUUCCGUUCUUAUUUAUCAAGUACGGAGAGAGUAUACGAGCUAGGAGUACAGUCAGGCUGUGAGAGUCGAAGGGCAAUGAAGACUUUCAUUCGUUCUAUGCAGAGAUCUUGACUGGCUUUUAGUGACUGUUUGCUAUAGCUUUGCUCUACUGGCGGCCUCGGUCUUAUAUCCUGCUAUUAUUUGAGCCCAUUUCACGUGCCUCGACUCCAAUGCGACGGGUGAAGUGGAUCUAAAUACAACGGCGAGUAUUCCGU